AUGUCAGCUGCAGCAACCAGGAGCCGCAGGUCGGCAACCGUCGCCGCCACAGCACCCUCAUCCUCAUCAGCCUACCACCCAAACCCAUCCGGCGCCCCGCCACCACCACCACCCUCGAACCACCCCAAGCAGUCUGUCCAAGCCUACAGUUCACAACAAAUUCAAAUUCAACUUCCUAACCAACUUCCUCCCCGCCCAGACUACAACAGUUACGACAGUGAUUCUCAACAGCUUCAGCAUUCUUCCACUGGGUCCGACUUGUACAGUCAACAACAACAACCACAGCAACAUCCAGCACAUACAACACAGCAACAACCCCAGCAGCAAGAGAAUUGGUCAGAGUACAAUUGGAGAAACAUCUUUGACGCAGCGUUGGUCAAGGCCCAGCAGGCUGUCCAGCUGGACGAGUUGGGCGAGACCGUCUUGGCGACUCAGUUGUAUGCCCAGGCGGCUAAUGAUCUUGGACGUGUGAUCCCCUUGUGCGGGAGCGAGAAGAAGAAGCAGUCUAUGCUGACCAUCCAAGCCAUCUACCUCGACAGGGUCCAGCAACUCAAGACCGCCGCAAAGGCAAACGCCGCUUCAAAAAAGGCAUUUGCUCCCGCACUUCCCCCACAGGUGCCCGAGGAGGAUACCCGUUACAACCACCAACAACGGACAAUGGCCAACCAACAACAGCAGCAGGAGGACCAUUAUCAACACCAAUAUCACCACCAACAGCAACAGCAGUACCCAGCUCAGGAGUAUUACCUGCCCCAGCCUUCCUACCAGCCAUCCCCAGAGCAGUACCACCCCGUUCAGGACCCCUACCAACAGCAACUCCAGCAACAGCUCCCCUAUCAACCUCCUCCGCCUCCAAUUGAUCCUCAAACCAGCGAAAAAGAAAAGGAGAGUGGUGGGUUCAAGCUGUUUGGAAAGAAAAGGUCCAAAACUCAGAUGGACGACUACGCACAACAACAGCAACAGCAACAGCAACAGCAACAGCAACAGCAACAGCAACAGCAGCAGCAACCAAUACAGGAUAACAAUUACAAUCAUGCAACUUACAACGACUACAACAGCAAUAUCAACGAAGGGUACAUUUCUCCACCCUAUUCAGAGCCCCAAAAGGCAACGGGCUCACCUGCGACAUUGGUCACACCGGUUUUCAUGAACCAUACCCAGACUCCUUCACCAACACCACUCAUCGCAUCCAAUAACAACAACAACUCGCCAGCGAUCGAGACUCCACCUACCGAACAACUGGCCAAAUCCUCGCGCUGGAAGCCCUUUGGGAAAAAGAAGUCAAAGUCGUUCUCCGCGGGCGAGACGAGUUCUGGACCUUACCGUUCCCCCAACGAUUACGAAAUCCCAACACCACCAUUGCCCAUGAGUGCACAGCAGCAGCAGCAGAACUUGGUGGAUCCUGGUGAUCACGCGGAUGCUUAUUCGCAGCAGCAGCAUGCCGAUUGGUUCAUUGGUAACGACGAUGGACCUAUGCCAAUGGAUGAGUAUGAGCAGCAUACGCGAUAUUACGACGAGGAUGAAGAGGAGGAUGUCGAUCCUUACUACAUUGCCGAUAACAGGGGUCGUGCCCAAGCCUAUGAGGGCAAGGAUGCUGGAAGGCAACCAUCGCUGAGCAAGGCUCCUUCCAAGGAGGAAAUUCUGAGAGAUAGCAGGAAGAAACCGACCCUCAACCACCAGGCAUCCUCUUACUCCAACGAGCAGUCAUUCACGCCUUCAUUCGGUCCUAUUGGAGGGAAUGGGGCUGCCUACUCGGAGGAGCCUGCUGUGUACUACCAUGGCAAUGGAGCCGUGACGGACGAGCAGAUGUUUACGGCUGCUUAUGAUGACGGCUACGACUAUGACGUCAACCAGCAGAGUCAAUAUGACGGCCGAUACCAGCAACAACAGCAGCAAGAACAGUAUCCUCAGCAGCAAGGAGCGCCUUUUGACCCAAACGUACUGAUGCAGCAUCAGCAUUCGCAAUACAGUCAGGAUCCCAGUCUGCAACCAGUUCCUGUCGAUGCAGAGGCUGAACCGGAGGAGAAAUCCAACACCAAGAACAAGUGGUUCGGGAAGAAGAACAAGAAAAAGGACCCAUCAGCAGAGAAGUAUGAGGAUGUCGCCAAGCGUAUGGACGAGGCAUUGUUUGGAGGAGGUGGAUCAUCGUCUCGUAAGAAAGACAAGAGCAAGAACAAGAACAAGGACAAGAAGAGUGAAGCCGCCGUCGAUUCGACAGCCGUCCAUGCACAACUACCAUUGCAGCCUCAUAUGUUAGAGCAGCGAACGAGUACGCUGCCACCACCUCGCAAAGCCUCUCUGGAGUACGAUAUCCGUCAGUUCAGUUUCGAGCGCAGCGCAAGUCUCGAUGUCGGCCUUACGAGAGAAACUCAGCAUCAACAACAGCAACCACAGAUGUCUAGCGUCACAGCUAAUACCACCGCAGCUCCUAUGGAGUCGACUUCCGACGAGUUAUACCCUCCAGGACCAGCGUUGACUCAGGCUCCCUCGACUCCCAAAGCCAUGAUGCCUGUUACCUAUGCCCCCAGGACAAUGUACGAGCCCAAGACUGCCUACGCUCCAGCCUCCAAGAAGCCACUCCCUCAAGCCGAGGAGCUCAUCUCUGAGCCUGUACAGCUCCCCUCGGGUCUGGGCCUGGAUCUGGGUGCAACCUUCCAGCAACAGGAGCAACAGCAUGGAACUGCCGAUAGCAUCCACAGCCAGGACGAUGGUUCACUGUUGAGUCCUGAUUCAACCAAAAAGGCCAAAUCUCGACCAUUCAACUUGUUCAAGAGUAAGAAGAGCAACAGCAAGCUCUCGUUGGAGGACGGCUCGCCCCUCUCGCCUACAUUUGGUGCCAACGACGAUUCCAAGUCGGUUCACAGUGACAAGACGAGGAAGAGCUCUAUCCAGAGCAACGAUCGCAAGGCAAUUGAUGCUGCAGCCUCUGGGGCCUUUUCCAAGUAUGGAGGCAAGAAGAUGGAGAGCGACGAGUACGUGCCUUAUGAGUACCAGGAGGAGGUCGAAGGACCUUUGAUGGAGCGUGUUCCUGUCCGCGAGAACCGAGAUAUCAUUGGAUUCGUCCUGCCUGUGGAAGAGAUUAUCGACUACACCGCCGAGGGUACUGAUGAGGUCGCAGCUCUUGAGAACUGGGAUUCUUGGGUCAACCAACUCGAGUCGUUCGAAAAGGUGCUUGCCGAUAAGGGUGAGAAGAAGGACAAGAGCAAGAAGUCCAAGAAGGCUGCCAAGAAGGCCGCUAAGGAGGAAGCCGCCGCUGCUUCGGCGCUUACUUCCCCGGUGACACCCACCUCACCUAUGGGUUCUUUCAAGGCAAACCGUUCCAGUAUUUUCGGCAGCAGUGGUAUGAGUGAGCACCGUCCCAUGAGUGUCAGCGACGAGUCGACCCGGACAUCCAUGUACUCGACCCGGUCGAGCGCCGUCUUUGGGGCAGAGCUGAUGUCCGUCCAACAAGCCAAGCGAAAGUGGUGGAACCCCAAGCGCAAGGAGACUACCUCGGUGUAUAGCAGCGUCUCGGACUCGUUUUCGGUCUCGGAGCAGGAUCAGGAAAAAUACUUGUCUUCGCUCCUGCAGAACUAUCAGGACGCGCCACCUUUGUCUCCUUCCACGCCCACCGACCCAGGAACCUUGCAAAGUCAGCUUGAUCAACACCAACGCGUCACGACGGCAGAUGUCUUGGCAGUCAUGGCAGCCGCUGAGGAGCGGGAGAACCGUGAGCGCCAGGAGGCGUUGAAUGCGCUUUUGGAGACGGAUGGUACCAACCGUGGCGGGGCGAGCCUGUCCUUGCCUUUGCCACAGGUGGGAUCGAUAACCUCGUCCACCCUCAGCACCCAGGAGCUCACACCCGUCGAGAGCUCCGAAAUUGUUGUUGCUUCGGUCGUCCCUGUCACGGCCAAGUCCACCAAUGUCGAGAGGGACGAGAAUGGGGGAGAGGAGGACGAGCUUGACGUUGUGGCACCUAUGCCACCCCAGGUCGUCAAGGCCAAGGCCAAGGGCACAAAAGCCAAGCUGCUCCCGAUUUCGACACCAUUGGCGCAGAUCCUCAAAAUCCAGAAUCCUGAGGAGCUGUGGUUGUAUGUCCAGCAGGCCAAGACGUAUGCGACGACCAGGAUGAACAAGGGCGACAAGAGGUCGGCUGCGAUCGCAUUGAAGCGUGCUCAGGCUCUUGAGGCUCGCUGGCAGGAGAUUAUGUUGGAGCUGGCGUCGAGUGAGGAGGAUGAUGAUGAGCUGUUGGAUGACGAUGAGGAUGACGAUGAUGAUGAUGAUGACGAUGAGGAGAGCGAGGAGGAGCCAGAAGUCAAGGUCGUGCCAAAGUCUGAGGCCAAGACAGUUGCCGUAACGCCACUGGUCGUGAAGACGUCUGACAAGAAGGCAGCUAAGGUUGAGGAAGAGCAGCAACAGAAGCUCAAGUCUCCAGUCACACCGGCCUCUACCAAGGUGACGACGAUCUAUCCGGUCGAGGAGGAAGGCGAGGGUGAGGAUGCAGGUGAGGAGCGUCGUCGACUUCACUUGCGCAAGGUCACCAGCCGGAGUGAUAGUGCGUCCGACAUGUUCUCCAAGUACAAGGUUGGCAACAAGUCUGCUGGUGGCUCCUCCAAGAACACGUUGGCGGCGUCGACUGAAGAGGCCGCAGAGGAUGACGAUGCUUCUGACACUGAUGAUGACGAUGAUGAAGGUGGCGAGAGUGAGACGGAGAGUGGAGCGAAGAAGGGCAAGGGCAAGGGUUGUAACAAAUCGUUGCUGUCGAUCCGCGAUUCGCGGCUGGGUGCGGAUGCUACGAUAGAGCAAAUGCUUGAGACGACGGAUGUGGAGCAUUUGAAGUUUUAUAUCCAGCGGAUGAAGACGGAUACGGUUGCCAAGGCGAGGAAUGGGAGCAAGUUUGCGGCGUUGGAGGGGAUGAAGAACGUGAAGGUUUUGCAGCAGCGGCUUACUGAGUUGGAGGAGGAUGAUAGUGAGGAUGAGGAGAAGGAGGAAGAUGAAGAGGGUGGUGGGCAGGUUGAGGCUGCAGCUGCUUGA